UUUUUUUAGUGCUCUGUUCAUGUUAUUUCUUCAUCAAACUCCACCCUCUCCUUAAAGUCUUCAUACAAAUCUCAAUUUAUAACCGCUUUACCGGUUCUUCUCAUUUUAGCAGCAUCCACAGCCUGCAUCUAGCACCGGGUCCCCACUAUUUCCAACUGCUCUGCUUUUUUUUUUUUUCUCCUCCUUUCCAAAAGUUGUCUGUGGUUUUCCUUGCGUUCAGACUCAUUCUCGUGUAUGGGGGAUUUCCUGCCCUCUUUUCUCCUUGAAACAUGCUCUCUCGGCUUAAAGUUUACCCCGUGACUAUCGUUAAAGAUGUUCUAAAGAUGUCACAUCAGCGAAAUAGUUGAUUCUCCGGAGCAGGGAUUUUAAAAUUGUAUUUUAUAUGCCACAAGAAAAGGAAUUGAAUUGGGCUGCUCCAGGUCUGAAAGAGCUCACAAAUAUGAUGGCUUCAUUGGUAGCUGCAGGGGCUGUUGGUAGGCACCUGGGAGAGUGGAGGCAAGCAAUUUUUUAAAAAAAAAGGAAGGAGGAGAAAAAAAUAAACAAAAAAAGUGAGAAUUGUGCAUGCAGUUAAAUGAAAAAAUGUCUACCAAGUUUGCAAGUAGAUCGAAGAGGGAGAGGUAGGCUGGAGGGCAGCAGGACAGGGGUCUGGCCCGGGUGGCGAGGAGGGCUUGCUGGGGAAGAAAAGAGAAAGUUGAGAAAAAUGUGGCACGCCGGAAACAUGAGUGAUUGCAUGUGCGGGUGUGUGCCAGCGAGCGUGUGCGGGUGUGCGGGGUGUCUGUGUGUGCAGGGUACGAGCCUGAGUAGCCGUAUCUUCCCCUCAAGUUACAUUUGUUUACAUGGCAAGCGGCUGCAAACGCUGGCACUGAUGGAGUAAAACACAUGCACACACUAAAAAAAAAAAAAAAAAAAAAAAAAAAAAAAAAAAAAAGAAAAAGAACAACAAAAAAAACCCCAACUUUGGUCAGCUUUCGGGACUCGAGGCAUGCUUACGCUCUGUGUGGAGAUGGUUAAUGAAUCCAGUGUUUUUGCAGUUGCAAGCUUGUGCAUUCACUGUGCAACGCUGACUGCAGGCUUUUGCAGUGGCAACAGCUCACCAAAGAUAUUAAUUACACCGUCCCCUUUUUUUUCCACGAAUGUUUGGCUAUUCGGUUCAGCGAGGAAGAAUGCCGCCCACCCAGCCCAACCCCGGCCAGUACGCGCUGACCAACGGCGACCCCCUGAACGGGCACUGCUAUCUCUCGGGAUACAUCUCCCUCCUGCUGCGGGCCGAGCCCUACCCCACCUCCCGCUACGGCAGCCAGUGCAUGCAGCCCAACAACAUCAUGGGCAUCGAGAACAUCUGCGAGCUGGCCGCCCGUCUGCUCUUCAGCGCCGUCGAGUGGGCCCGCAAUAUUCCCUUCUUCCCCGACCUGCAGAUCACCGACCAGGUGGCCUUGCUGCGGCUCACCUGGAGCGAGCUCUUCGUCCUCAAUGCUGCCCAGUGCUCCAUGCCCCUCCAUGUGGCCCCGCUCCUGGCCGCCGCCGGCCUCCACGCCUCCCCCAUGUCGGCAGACCGCGUUGUCGCCUUCAUGGACCACAUCCGCAUCUUCCAGGAACAGGUGGAGAAGCUGAAGGCGCUGCACGUCGAUUCGGCUGAAUACAGCUGCCUGAAAGCCAUCGUCCUCUUCACCUCAGACGCCUGCGGCCUAUCGGAUGCUGCGCACAUCGAGAGUCUCCAGGAGAAAUCGCAGUGCGCGCUAGAGGAGUACGUGCGGAGCCAGUACCCCAACCAGCCGAGCCGCUUCGGGAAGCUGCUGCUGCGGCUGCCCUCCCUGCGCACCGUCUCCUCCUCCGUCAUCGAGCAGCUCUUCUUCGUCCGCUUGGUAGGUAAAACCCCCAUCGAAACCCUCAUCAGGGAUAUGCUACUGUCGGGGAGCAGCUUCAACUGGCCUUACAUGUCCAUCCAGUGCUCCUAGAGCCCGUCCCGCAGCCCCGGCGGAGCGGCGGCCGAGCGGCGCCCAGGGAGCGCUCGCACCCGGGGCACUCGGGGCGCGGGGGGGCCCGGGAGGCGGACACUGAACAAAAGAGAGGGCGAGAGGGAGCACAGAUGUGGCCGUGGAGGGGAGAAGGACGGACCUGUCGUCCGUGGAGGUUGUGAUGUUUCGCCUUUUUUUUUUUUUUUUUUGGCCUAUUUUGGUUUUUUACUUUGUUUCGUUUCGUUUUCUUUCGGAGAGGAGGAAAAAAGAAAUAAAUAAUAUUAAUAAAAGAGACAAAAAAAAAUGAGUAUUGAGGGGAUAUUAAUCAAACCUGAAGGGGAUACUGGAUCUUCCAGGAUUUAUUGUGGACUGUUGUUGAUAUAUGCUGUACAGUAAACCAACAAAACAAAAAAAGCAUUGAAACUGAACUGAACCUUGUGUAGAAUAAAAACAAAACCGCCCAAAACCAAGCAAACUACAACAAAAUUUCCAUGCGCAAACACUUACCAUGAACAUUGUUACUCCUUUUGUAAUAUAUUAGUCUUUAUUUUCAAUUUUGGUAAAAGUUAAAACACCAUAUGCGCAUAAAGGAAAAAAAAGGAGAAUUAGGGGAAAAUAACAUUUUCCAAAUAAUUAUAAAAGAAUUGUCCUGUGUCUAUGUAUCUAUAUCUGUUUUGUAUUUUUUUCUGGUUCCAAACCAGGUUUCCUGUGAUUCUAUACUAAUAAUUUUUGAUAUAACCCUUUGCUUCUUAUAAUGAGUGCGAUAUAUGUUGUCAAAGCUGUUCUUCAAGAAUUAAAAUUGAAGUGAGAAUUAAAAAAAAAAUAAAAGAAUUUAGCAAAAAAACCCCAACUUAUCACCCCACAACCCAUGAGUCUUGUUGCUUGAAACAUGCCAACAAUUCACAAAAAAAAAAAAAAAAAAAAAAAAAAAAAAGGAAAAACCCAUAAACAAUAACAACAAAAAUCUCCCCACAUUUUUAACUCCUUUACUGGUGCUAAAAAGGAGAACUUAAAAAAUACUUGGGAGGGGUAACCAAGUCGUGCAAACUAUGGGAUGCUCCAAAAUGGACUUGACUGUAGAAGCUUAGGGCUGAGCUGUCAAGGCCUAGGGAAAGGGAGCAGGAGUUGCAGCGUAAUGCCUUAGGUGACCUCGCCUCACUGGGACUGCACCACUAACCUUCCACCAAGGCUGAUGGGCCUGUCAGCCUGGCCUGCCCCUUUUUGAAACACCUGUUCCCAUCACCUGGAUUUUCUGCUGAGUUCACACCUUGCUUUUUACUCCCAGAUGCCAUGGGCAUGGAUUGAAGUCACCACAUGCCAUCAUCUCUGCCUGUGCAGCAGGAGGCAUUCUCUAGCCACGGGUCCUGUUUGCUCCAGGCAUGAUGGCUUUCCGCUUCUGGGGGCUUGGCUGGGGCUGACUUUUUUUGGUUUCAUCUUCUUUUCCACUCCAAGGGCUCGCAGACCCCAACAUGUACUCCAGUGUGCAUGCCUUGUGCUUACUGUCAGCCAGAACAGAUCUCUUGAUUCUUUUUCCCAAAUCUAGUUGCUGUGUGUGGAGGGUAUUCCCACUCCAUUAAUAUAGAAAUCCAGCUGGAUGCUUGCUCAUUGGGUGGCGAGCUAGUGCAUUUCAUGUAUGCUUAUGUGCCAUGGCCAUGCAAAAAACCCAGGCUGUGACAUCCCACACCAUGGCCCACCCACUGCCAGGGCCUGAGCUCUGUGCCAAAAACCCCUUUUCAUUUCAGCUUGUCUUUUUUUCCCCAGAAAAUUAAAAAUCGUUUUUGUAAUGGAGCUCCUUUGAAGGUAAAGGCUUCUAGCUGGUGGUGCAGAUCUCUGUAACAGCUUUCAGUGCAUUAAUGUUUUAUAGGAUCUGAGACAGAGCUGUAAGAACACAUACUACCAAGGGAGCUCUUUCUUAAUGUAUUAAUAAAGCUGGAUCUUUAAAAAUAACAUUGUCCCCCUCACACAGACACCUCCUGUGCCCUCCAAACAAGUCUAGAUGAGGUAGACUUUUCAGUUUGUGAAGACAUGGGCAGUGUUUUCCCUUUAAUUUGCUAUCUUCCAUGCUCUCCUAUUUCUCCUUCCCUCUCUCCCACAAUCUCUCCCAUCCUUUUUUUUUUCUUUUUUCAUUCUUUAUUUCUUUUUUUCCCUUUUUUCUUUCUUUAACAAGAUUCUUCAAUUCAACUCGCUUGGGGUUUUUAAUAUUCUAGAUGCAGCAGAUCUGAGGUGAGAGCAGCUCUAUACAGUAGACAGUUCUAGCUGGAUAAUCAAGAUUACGGGCAGAUCCUUUAUGGGGCUAUCACCCCAUUCAGGAUGCAGAAACGGCCUGUAUUCAUAGGUGCUGGGAGUGGGGGGACUUGGAUAAUUCCAGACCUGAGCACACAAGAACAGGGAUUUGGGAGUUAGACAGACAGACAGACAUCCUCCCUUUUGUCACUCACUUGGACACUGCAUGAGUGAGAGCUUUGUUCCUGCCCCUUCCCCGGGGCCUUCCCUGGAGAAAGGGAGUCCAGCAGCCCCUCCGGGCUCUCAACAGGGAGUGAGAGGGAACGCUCAGACAUGGGAGGUGCUGAAAGAAGCAUUUUCAGCACUGCUUUACGGUGGGAUGGUGAUUUGGGACCCAGAUGAAUUGGCAGUUAAAAAAAAAAAAAGAAAAAGGAAAACAAAAACAACAAAAGAAGACAAAAAAACCAAACCCGAACCCAAAAAAACCCAAACCCACCAAAACAAUCAAACAAACAAACACCCCCUCAACCAAAAAUAACAACAAAAAACAAACCAACAAAACAAAAACCAGCCUCCCUCUACCUAAAAAUAAACAAAGCAAACGGGGAUAUCGGAAGAGAAAAACAGGUCUCGGUUUCUUCCAAUGAGAUGUAAAUAAAUUCAUUACAGUGUUAUCCCACUGAUGAAAACAGAUAAACUUUUUCUUAGAUAUUUUUCAAUUAAUUUUCAUAUUUAUGAAUAAUAAUAACCCACGGAUUGCCAAGAAACUUGCAGGUGUAGAGGAGGUGUACGAGAUGCACUUAUUUCCAUGUAUGUGCCUAGAAAGAAGUGUUUCAAUCCCUUAUUAAACUUUGCUUAUAAGACAGUA